ACUCCGUCUAUGUAAGCGCGGCGGUGGCAGUGGCGGUGUCGACGGCGGCGACAGCGGUGGUCCAAUACGCACGUAUUCGAUCGAUAUAGACAGCAGCACUAGCAGCAGCAAUAAUAGUAGCAGCAGCAGCGUCAAACGGCAACGAGGGCGACGACACGACAACAACGACGACGACGACGGCGACGACGACGACGACGACGAUACGGCGGCGACGGCGGCGGCGGCGGCGACGAUGGCGGUGACGAUGGUGACGAUGACGAUGACGACGAUGAGAGGGUGUUCGUGAAAUUUUGUAAAGGCCACGCUCGGAACGCCAUCUGUCGAGAAGAAGAUGAAACAUUGAUGUGUUUUAUCUCGCCUAACUUCAUCCCCUCCAAUUCUGAAGCUCAUACACUCUCUCUCUUUCUUUCUCUCUCUCUCUUUCCUUUCUAUGUAUAUAUAUAUAUCUCUCUCUCUCUCCGAUACGACUCAUCGGCGAAGCUUAAAGCGCAUCGAAGAUGGCGACAGGAGGGUAGGGUCGAGUCAGUCGCUUAGAAAGGAAGCUUACUCCUCGUCCGUUAAACGACCAUAAACGUCGACGUAAUGUCGUGUCUGAUGGUGGUGGUGGGUACUUUUUCCUAACUAGGAUUCUCCCCGAAAAAAGGAACGGGGGUGUGCUGCGCGUUACUAACUAACAAAUUUAAUCAAUAUUAUCAAAACUAUUCGCAUUUUUAUUUCCAAGAAGAAGAAGAAAAAGAAGAAGGAGAAGAAGAAGAAGAAGAAGAGGAACAAAAAGAAGAACAGGAAAAAGAAGAAGAGGAUAAUGAACAAAUCAAUAAAUUAAUCAACGUUUAGAGUUAACUGGAGGACGAGGAGAAGGAGGAAGAGGAAGAGGAGGAAGAGGAAGAGGAGAAGGAGUAGGAGGAGGAGGAGAAGGAGUAGGAGGAGGAGGAGGAGGAGGAGGAGGAGGAGGAGGAGAAGGAGGAGGAGGAGGAUGUUGUUGUUGUUUAGAGGAAUCUAGUCACACACACAGGAAGAAAGAAAAGAUCGACGUCGGCCAAACUAUAGUAGGAUUAAAAGAAUUAAUCCAAAGGACAUACACCAAAGAAAAUUAGUCUGAAUUUAACGUGGAGGUCAAAGAACCACCCCUAACCUCCUCUCAAGAUCAAUACCAAAGAAAUCAAAAGAUCAACAAGUUUAAAUGCUAUUAUAUAAUCGAAGUUUAUGAGAAAAUUGUUAUCGAUCGUAUUUUAUCACAUAAACUUUGAUAAGAUGAAGAUUAAAGAAAUGUCAAGCAACAACGAAGGAAGAUUCUCGUCCUUAUUCUUGCAUUAUUGAUCUCUAACGAGCUGAACAAGCUAUUCCUGUUUCGUAUAACCAUGAUGAUGAUGAUGAUGAUGAUGAUGAUGAUGGAGAAAAUGAAAAAUUAAAUGAAUACACCGGAGUACCAGGUAUUCAGAAUAUUAAUCUAUAAUCGGUAAAAUCAAGUAUGAAAAAAAGAGUAAAAUAAAAAAGAGAAAUAAAGAGAGAGAGAGAGAGAGAGAAAGGUAAAUAUUAUUAAUCUAUUUAUUGAACAAUCAAUAUGGUUACAAAACUGACGAUAUAAUAUAAUCGGUAGCUGAAAGGGUUACGAAGUAAUAGGAAGAAAUAAAUAAAUAAAUAAAUAAUAAAAGGAAACUAUAGUUUCCUAGUUGAAAGUAAGGAAAGGUGAAAGGUUGCAGACGAGCUUUAAAAGUUGAGAGAGGGUUGGAAGGGUAUUGAAAUAGAGGAGUAGGAGAAGAAGGAGAGAGAGAGAGAGAGAGAGGAGAGAGGAGAGAGGAGAGAGGAGAGAGAGAAUAGCAGGGUCUUGUCUGGAAGGGUGGCAAGAGUGAAAAGCCGGGUAGGAGUAAGCCGGCUAGCAAGCAAGCAAGCAAGCAAGCAGAGGCAGGCAGGCAGGCAGACAGGCAAGCGAGCAAGUGAACGAGCUAGGUAUCCAAGGAAAGUGUGAGUGAGAAGGAGAUAUAGAGCCAGACAGAAAGAGAGAGAGGGAGUGAGUAAGUGGAAGAAGGAAGGAGAAUCCAUAGGAGGGGGUGAAACCGGGUUGAUAUCGACCGAGGAUUGCGCUUGCGUGGAAAAAGGCGCGCAAUCGCGCUCGAAGAAUUCCAUCGUGCGCGUCGUCAAAGAUAGUAGUCAAAGCUCUCCUCUCGAGUAGUGUUCGGUUGAUCGACGAAGUAGAAACGACAAGAGAGAACGAAUGCAUAACGUUAUUCCAUCACUGUUUCUGUUUUAGCAAUGUCGAAUAUACUUAACUUCCGUUAUCCUCUUUAGCUCGGUGGUUGGUGAUUCCAACGCCUGCACGAGCCAUCGACGAACUUCCGGAAGUCUUUGCGGAUAGAUAGAUACAAAGAGAGAGAGGAAAAGGUAGAAGAAAAGAGAAGAGGAGAGCAGAAGAGAGAAAAAAGAUCAUAUUUCUUUGGAUCGAGAAGCCGACUGGGAACGUUGAGAACAAGGGGUGGGAGAGCAGGGGAGGGAGAGAGAGAGAAAGAGAGAGACAGACAGACAAGGAGAAAGAGAAACGAGGAGAAACAAAAAAGAAGAGAGUAAAGCUAUCGCGAAACGCGAUAACGAGCUGUGAUAAGACUGUAUAAGUCUCUCUCUCUCUUUUUUUCUCUCUCUCCCUCUCUCCCUCUUUCUCUCUCCCUCCAUCCCUUUUCGUUGUCGAUUUCUAGGCACUAUUACAUAGUUACGAUAGUGUUCAAGAACGUCAUCGUCAUGACGUUCGUCCUACCUAGGAGACGACACAAUUUCAAUAGAUGUGACGGUGGUUGUGGAGGUGGUGGUGGUGGUGAUGGUGGUAGUGGUAGUGGCAAUGGUAAUGAUAGUGCUAGUAGUGAUCGUGAUUAUGUUACCUACUCGUCACUGAAUCCACCGAGUUGAAGAAGAACUAAUCUAAUCUAAUCUAAUCAAAGUAAUACGUGAGAGAGGAGAAGUUUUUAGUCCUCUUGUCGAUAUGCUCUGAUAGACGAAUGCGAGCGUCGAAGUCUCUCGAGGCUGAGGUGCUCGAAGAUUAGUCUCUCUUAUUUCUCUUUAUCUAUCUCUCUCCUUCUCUUUUUAUCUCUCUCUCUCUCUCUCUAUUUUUCUUCUCUCUUUCUCUUUGUUCCUCUGUCUCUGUCUCUGUGCUUAACUUUUUGAACAUGAUCAAUAUGCAGCAGUUGAUCCUAGGACAAGUAUCUGGUAGUAGCGAGCAACCUCAAGAAGAGGUUCAAUUGACCGAACUCUUGCCCGUCAAACAGUCACGUAUUAGGGAGAAUAAUGUUUUCAAGGACAUCGACGCUACCGAUGCGUUGAAAGCACUUCGAAGUUUUUCCGGUGGAUGUAACGAGGAGGAACAGGACUUCGGAUUGAGAAUUUUUGACGAAAAUGGCCGUGAUAAAGAUGAGAUUAAAACUAAACGUGGAUGCGGGACUAAGAGGAAAUCCAAUCACUCGAACCUUGAUAACUUGGAAAAGAAGAAAAAUAGCUCGAACGAACGUGACAUCGAUCAUCGCGACGCCACCAAUUGUAAAAGAUCGAUGAUGUCCAAGAAAAGGAACGUAGCAAGAAAAAAUUCUAAGAAGAUAACCUCCGGUUCUAACAAAAAGUCUGUUAACAAAGACCGAACGAAAGACGAUACUGAAGAGGACGACGAUGAUCUGUCUGUUUUAUACGACGACGAAAUUCCGACAUAUUUGGAUCUAGACAAAACGAAAGACAGUUUGAACGACGAAGUUUACGUGUUCCGUCGUGAAAGAUCUAACUCAUGCUCUCUCUCUCAAACGUCCAGCGAGGUGAAUCAUGACAAUACAGAGGAGAUUUAUGAAAACGAUUAUCAAACGACCGACGGGGUUCUAAUAAAGAAAUUCACGCAUCGUUCAAAGAAUUCAGAGAUUAGUACGGACGAGUUGAACUCAUCGGUAUCCGAGGAAGAAAGAACGACUCCAACGACCGACGAUAAUCCAGAGAAAGAGCUAAGAUUGAAGAUCGACGCGAUAAUCCAGGCGAAUUUUUUGGUCGAAAGAGGAGAUAACAACAAUGUCGUUAGUCAAGAUAGAAAGAAAUUAGGUAAGAAAGUGAGUUCUUCGAAGCUAUCGUCGUCGCCAUCACCACCAUCUCGGUUAUCUAACAUAGGAACUAGCGAGGCUCAGAAUGGAUCGAAUUUCAGCGACGAGGAGACCAAAAGAUCGGAGGACGAUGGUAGCAACGAGGAUCAAACCCAAAAGGAUUCUCAAAAGAAAUAUUGUUGUGUUGUUUGUGAUGCUCGUUUCAAAGGUAGCGGUGGCCUAAGGAAUCACUACAAAGUCGUUCACGGUGCCGGGCCAAUUUUUAAAUGUGACGAGUGCGGUAAGGAGUUCCCAUUGAAGGAACGUUUGAAGUUACACGUUCGAACGCAUACCGGUUUCAAGCCUUACAAGUGUCCGGAAUGUGACAAGAGCUUUGCUAGGGGUGGCCAAUUGGUUCAACAUCGUCGUACACAUAGCCAGGUAAAACCCUAUCGUUGCGCCCUCUGUUCAGGCACGUUCACAUGUGCAGCGAAUCUUGCUUUGCAUGUUAAACGGCACAACGGUCAGAAGGAUCACAAAUGUGAGAUAUGUGGCAGGGGUUUCGUUAGACGCGACGCAUUGAAAAAACACUUGGAGUGUCUUCAUCGCGACGUCAAGUCGUUUUUAUGCGUGAUUUGUAACAAAACGUUCAAGGGACACCUACCUCAACAUAUGAGGACUCAUGCGCGAGACAGACCACACGGUUGUGCUACUUGCGGCCAAAGAUUUGCUCAGAAAUCACAAUUGACCGUACACCAACGUACUCAUUCGGGACAGAGACCAUUCAGAUGUUUGGUCUGUUGGCAAGCGUUUGCCCACUCGACUGCGUUGAAGUUGCACACUAGAAGACAUACCGGGGAAAGGCCAUUCAAAUGUGUUGAAUGUAAUGCCGGUUUCACCCAAUUGCCACAUUGGAAAAAACAUAUGAAAUGUAUUCAUGGUAGAAACGAGCCGUAUGGUUGCAAACGUUGUAAGAGUUUUUUCAGGAUCAAAAACGACUUAGAGAAUCACGAGAAAUCUUGCCACCCUGAGAUAGAACACGACGUCGAGGGCUCGUCCAACUCUCUCGGUGCCUCGAACGAUUCCACCGACAAGACCACCAAUACGAAAUACAGAACUAUGACGGUCGAGAGGAUGCGUUUGUUAUUGGCUGUAUUAUUAAAGAGGAUCAGCAAACAGGAGAGAUUAGACGAGUUGGGUUUCGGUAAACGUCUUAUCGACAAAGUUCUUCAUGAUUCUUUGAUAUCUGCUGGCAAGGACCCGGCAACGGGUAAGGGUCUCUCCGAAUUGGAAACUCUCACCAAGAAUCUUGAGACUUUCCUCGAGUGGACCGUACCGAAGGAACACUGGGAGAAUUUUCGUCGAAUGAAAAAAACUCCAGAAGACAUCUUGGAAACUCUCACGGCUACGUAGAGGUGAUUAUCGGGACGAGGACCUCGUUUUUGGUUUCUCUCUUUUUUUUUUCCUUUUUUUCUCCGCCCAAACCCCCUCCCAAUCCCUUCUUCCUCCCUAAACCCGUCAGCAUCUCUCUCGAACGGUGCAACCUAUGAGAGUAACAAACGAUUAGCAAAAAUAUUUAUUUCUCAAGGCCGUUUGAACAAAAUGUUAACCCACCGUGUAUAACACCGUGAUUAUUUUUAUUUAUUUACUAUUUUUUCUUUUGCUUUUUUUUUCUUUUUUUCUUAGAAAAAAAAAAGAUACUUGGUAUCUUCAUAUCAGAUUGUUAUUCUUGUCUCUCGUACAAGCAUACAACUGCACACAAAUCUUGUCUUCAGCUGUUGACAAUCGAAUGCCAAUUGCUGACCAAACUUUUUUAUUUUUUAUUCUAAUUGCACCCCUGUCAUCAUCAUCCCCCUUACUAGCAUCAUCCCCCACAUCAGUUGCAACAUCAUUAUCAUAGUCGUCAUUAUUAUCAUCAUCAUCAUCAACAACAUCAACAGCUCAUAUUUUUAUACUUAGAAAUGAACGAGAUAAUUAUCAAUCAAAAAAGUACAUAUAUACGACUGAUUUCAUGUACUUCGGAUUUAGAUCCGUCUCGUUCGCGAUUAGCACAAUAUGGUGAUAGUUUCGUGAAAUAUCAAAUCAUACCAAAGCAAAGACAAAAACAAAUAAAUGAAAAAUAAAAACUAAACGACAAAAAAUAAAAAAAAAAAAUUAAGAGUGCGGAAAGAGAGGGGAAGAAGGUAUUAUAAAAAAUGAAAGAAAACAAGGUAGACUGCAAAACAUAGGACUUGGGUCAAAAAGUUCUUUAAAUGGACCUGGACUUUUUAGAUGAUUUUAAACAUUAAUUACUUUGCUUCGAAACUUUUUAACAUUCAUUUUUCUUUUUUUUCCUAAUUAUAAAACGAAAAAAUUAUUAACUAAAAAGUCUUGAAAAAAAAUAAUUGAUGUUUACAAUCAUCUAAUAAUUUAGGAUCCCUUCUAAGAUUCUUUUAGCCCAUCCAGUACACAUACAUACAUUUUUACACACACAUACACGAUACGUAUUAUUGCUAGAAUCCAACGAAACAAUCAAAUUUAGAUACAUUAAUUGUUAAGAGAAAUUAAAAUAAGAUGGAUAGAAGAAGAGGUAGGGCGGGGGUGAUAAGAGAAGAUAAGUAUGAUCGAUACCUAUUGAAAAACGUCGAUUCUUUGAUGUGUGAUACUAUUAGAAGUGAAUGAAAAAAGAAAUGAAAAAGAAAAAAAAAAUUACUAUAUCCUUCUUCAUAGUGCCAUUUUGUGAUUACACUUGCCAUAAUUAUACCAAUGAUCGUAUCGAUUGCACCAGUUAUUUCGUAGAUACUAAUAAGUAGCUAAUGAUUUGCACGGAAGAUACACACACACACACAAAUAUACAUAUACACGCGUUCAAAUUCGUUAGACAUUAUAUUUUUCUUUAGUUUUUCUUUUUUUCGAUAUUUAAAACGCGAAGAAAAAAAUAUAUAUAUACAAACAAAAUAAAUAAAUAAAUAAAAGAAAAUAAACUAAGAAGACAAAAAACACAGUAGUGAGAUCUAGAAAAAUUUGAAAAAUCCUUGUUUUUUAAUAUUUCCAUAUAUAUAUAUAUAUAGUGACGAAACUUUACUCUCCUCUUCGCAUAUUUUUAAAAAAUAGAAAUAAGAAUAAUAAAAUCAAUAGAUAAUAGAAAAAAAUUUUUUAAACGUUCGUCACGCUGGAUCUCAAGCACUCUUGCCAUGUAAAGAAAAAAAUAGAAAAGAAAAGAAAUACAAUAAAGAAAAAAAAAAAAAAAAAUCUACAUGAUUUUAAAAAGCACAUUUUUUGCACUGUAACGUUCGAAACGAUAGAGUCGAGGAUUUUUAUAAAAAAGAAAGAAACAGAAAAAAAAUAAUUACACUACCACCAUCAACAAUUACAGUAUCAACAACAACAAUAACAAUAAUAAGAGGCUAUUAUAGUUACUUCUUACAUUAUUAUCAUCAUUGUUACUUUCUAUAAACAAAUGCAGGAUUGGGGCGAAAAGUUUUUAAAUGGACCAAAAGUUAUGGAGUGAUUUUAAAAAUCAAUUAAUCUUUCUGGAAACUUUUAUACUUGUAGUUGGGCUCAUCAGUUGGAUAAGUUAAUCUUAUAAUUUUACAAUCUCUGAAAAAAGUUCAGCUUAAAUAAUCUCAAAAAAGAGUAAUUCAUUUUUAAAAUCAUCACGGAAUUUUUGAUUCAUUCUGAAACUGUUAGCCAUUCCUUCUCUGCAUAUUACGUUUUUGCGCGUAAGGGUAUAUAAUAUAUUAUUAUUAUUAUUAUUAUUAUUAUUAUUAUUAUUAUUAUUAUUAUUAUUAUGAGAGAUUUCAUUAUGUGUUCAAUUUAUUGACCUAAUCGCAAUAAUGAUUAGGUAUGAGUUACUAGUUGCUUUUUGUUCCCCACCUUUUUAGAUUUCGUAUUAUUAUGUGUCGAAGUUCAUAAGAAAUAAAUAAAUAAAUACAAAUAUAUAUAUACACGCAUGCACAUAUACAAUACAUAUAUAUAUAUAUUAUAUACAUAUAUAUACAUAUAUGUACGUUAGGUUUGAUACCUUUUGUAUCGACGCGCAUUCGUUUUAGCUAGGUGGUUAAGUAAAUGUGAACAGACAAUAAUGAAAAAGAAAAAAAAAAAAGAUCGUAAGAUUAAUAUAUUAUAAUCUUUGAAAAUUAAAUUAAUAAAAAAAUAUAUAUAUACAUAUACAUAUAUACACGUAAACAUAUACACAAACAUACAAACAAACUACAAGCGUAAAUGUUAGUAUUAGAAGCAUUAAAAAUAACGAUAGGACGAAAUAGAGUGAGAGAUAAAUUUAUGUUUAAUUAAUUAAUAUUAUAUGAAUAAUUUUAAUUCGAUUACCUAAAUUAUUUGAUUUUUUUUCUUUCUUCAGUUUUUUUUUUUGUAUUUUUUUUUCUUUUUUUAUAAAUCGUUAUUAAGCAACAAACAACCAAAGCAAUCCUUCGACGAAUAAGACAAAAACAAUCUCGAUGAUGUAAAAAUCGAGACCACUGAGCCGAUGAUUUAGAAAAUGGUCUAAUCAAGGUCAUAUUUAUCGUACUGAGAUAUUUUAACAUUUUUUUUUGAGGGUAAUUAGUGUAAAUUUUAUUCACAUAGACAGUAUGAUGAGAUUUACAACACUCUAUAAAAAUAUUACAAAAAAAAAUAAUAAAAAAAAGUAGUGUGCGUUGAGUUAUACUUAUUACUUUAUUAGAAAACUUAUUCAUUUAAGUUUUUUUUGACUAAAAACUACAAAUAAAUUCUUUAUAAAAAUCAAAAAAGAGCGAUAACAAUGCGUUCUAUUAAGUGUCUCAGAAAAAAAAGAACAAAAUGCUGACAGACCAAUUAUGUAAUUAAUAUCUCAAAUGACUUGCAGAUCACUUUCAAUAAUUACCGGUUCAUAUAAAGAUGUAAAAUUUGAAUCCAAAGACGCUCUAUACAUAUAUAUUUUUCUUUUUUAUUUUAAUGAUAAUAUUUAAUUAAUUUUCUAAACUUUCGAAAAGAAUAAGAAGGAAAAAAAAGAAAUUAAAAGAUUCUUUUAUCGUUGCAAAGCUUUGUAAAAAAAGCUAUAAAAGGAAACACAAGAAAACGGAUUCGUGGUCGUUUAUUUUUGACUAGAGAGAGAGAGAGAGAGAGAGAGAGAGAGAGAGAGAAAGAAAAAGAAAAAUAAAAGAAAAAGAAAAAGAAAAAGAAAUUUCCAUGUUUUUGUUACACACACGUAUGUACAUAGAAUAUGCAACAACGCGUGUAAACUUAUUAACAUAAACGAUACCGUACCACCAUCUUAUUCUUCGUCGAAUGUAGUCGAUGGCUUAUCGUUUUCAAAUUUAUACGACGAAGAUCGAAAUCUACGUUCUUUUAUUCUUCUUCUUCUCGUUUUUACCGGUGCGAAUGCAAACGAGGGGUCGAAAGAGCAUCGGAUGUGUAUCGAGGUCAAAGUGUUGUACGCGUGAUCGAUGCGCUUCGUUAAAAAAAAAAAAAGAGAGAGAAAAGUAAAACGCAUCGAUCGUUUAUUUGUUCAUUCAGUUUUUAAACAUUGUCUUUAUAUAAUGUUUAUAUAAUUUACAGUGCCAAAAAAAGUGAAAGAAAAAGAAAAGAAAUAAUUUCGACCACAUCGCGCUACUCUUAUUCCUAUACAUAUAGAUAUCUAUAUAAUAUUAUUAUUGUUGUUAUUAUUAUUAUUAUUAUUAUUAUUAUUAUUAUUAUUAUUAAUUUUAUUGUUAAUAUAAUUUACAGUGCCAAAAAAAAAGAAACAAAAAAAUAAAUUUCGAUAACAACGCGCUGCCCUUAAUCCUAUAUAUAUAUGUAUAGAUAUCUAUAUAUAUUAUUAUUAAUUAAUAUUAUUGUUAAUAAUAAUAUUAUUAUUUUGCGUGAAGAGCGAUUUACGUGUCGAAGGAAAGUUUAAAAACGAUAUAUUGAAAUGUUUUAUGUUUCUUCUUUCUAAGAAUUAUUAUUACAGUAUAGAUUGUUUAUCAUAUAUAUUAUAUAUAUAUAUAGAGAGAUAUAUAUAUAUAUAUUAUUUUUUUCUCCUUCUUUGUUGGUGCCAUACACGUUAAGUCGUUUAUAUAUACAAUAUAGCGUACAUAUGUAAUAAAAGAGGAAGGAAAUUAUUUGAAUAAAAAUGUUUCAUCUUUAAA